AGUUCAACUUGUGUCCAGCGGUCGAGAACGACCUCUAUUCAUCACGCGAACAAGUUUCGUGCUGCGGUUGUGGUUUGUGCUGCUGCGCGUGGCCACACUCGAAAACUUGCGCGGCCGUUUCGCAGCGCCAUCGCCACCCGUUUGUUCUUCGCUCGCUUGCGCUACGCAGUUCAAGGCGCCACAAAUCGCGCACGCUGCCGUGACACUCGCUCGGUGUGCAUCUCAGGAAAAACAAUGUGAAACACGCAUCGACCGCGCGCGUAAACAAUGGCGGGCCCCAAGCAACUGGACAAGACGUCGUUCCCGGUGCGUAGUGUUAGCGCAGUCAUCGAACUCUUCCGGCGGCAGUUGGAGCACGGCAGCGGCGAGCCCGACCUGGCGCUGCUCUCAAUCGUCGCGGGCGCCGUGGAGAAUUCACUCACGUGCCGCACACAUUCUGCCGGCGCUGAUCCCUCCGAACAACAAGCACACCUGCCGGUACUGGAACAUGCUGAUAUUCAGGAACUGUAUGACAAGUUCCAUGCGGUGGUGCGCACUGCAGGACCCGAGCAGGGCAAUAACAACGGCGCGCGAAAAUAUGCAACCCGCGAGCUGGUGAAGAAGGUUUCGGAUGUGAUCUGGAAUUCGCUGACGCGCAGUUACUACAAAGAUCGCGCGCAUCUACAGAGUCUCUACAGCUACCUCACAGGCAACAAGUUGGACUGUUUUGGUGUUGCGUUUGCAGUGGUUGCAGGAUGUCAGGCGUUGGGGUACAAUGAUGUACAUUUAGCGCUGAGCGAAGAUCACGCCUGGGUGGUGUUUGGGGAGAAGGGGACUGAAACAGCUGAGGUCACAUGGCAUGGCAAGGGAAAUGAAGAUAAACGCGGGCAGGAGAUCGGAAAAGGAGUUUCGGCCAGGUCUUGGUUGUAUGUCAACAAUAAACCUGUGAUUUGCACCAGGUCUAUGGAAGUGGCUGCUUUGGUCAGUGCAAUAAACCCUUCUCUGAAUGCCACACAUGAUGCAUUUGAGGUGGCAUUGCUGCAACAAGAACUCUUGUGGUUGCUUUAUGACUUGGGGCAUCUAAGUAAAUAUCCUAUGGCUAUUGGUAACCUGGGUGACUUGGAGGAGAUAUCACCCACUACAGGAAGGGUUUUGUGCAAUGCCCUGUUUCAAGAGGCAAUAUUGGCUGCAAGAACAUACUACAAUAACCAGCAUGUCUAUCCCUACACCUAUCAGGGUGGCUAUUUCUAUCGCAACAAAAUGUACAAAGAGGCGUUUGAGAGUUGGGCAAAUGCCAGUGAUGUGAUUAGAAUGUAUAAUUAUUCUCGUGACGAUGAAGAGAUCUACAAAGAAUUCCUCGAGAUCGCCAACGAGUUAAUACCUCACAUUAUGAAGGUGGAGAGUUCCGGGUUUAGUGCAAACACCAUCCUAAAACAACCGCGAUGUUUUGCUAAUUUACUGCGGUUUUACGAUGGCAUUUGCCAGUGGGAGGAAGGAUCCGCAACUCCUGUACUUCACAUUGGUUGGGCAAAACCUUUGGUUAACACCAUAUCUAAAUUUGACGCGGGAGUUCGUGCGCAGGUAAAUAUCGUCUGUGAAGAUUCCUCUGAUAUGGAACACAAAGAAGAGAAAAACAAUACAAAUGGAAAUUCCAACAAUGAAAAUUGCACGAAUAACAAUAAUUAUUCAGCACAAGAACCAUCAGCAGACCCUCCAAAGGAUGAAAACAAAGAUUCUUCGGAAAACUUGCAUCCUAGCAUUGAAGCUUUGACUGCAGGUUGCUCCGAAAAGAUUCUCAAUCCUGAAUAUCUCCUGCAAGGAGGUGGAAACCCAUUCGUCGCAUCUACAGUAGAAGAAAAGGAGAAAUCUAACGGGGCUGGAACAUCUCAGACCGAAAUUACGCCUGAAAUUAAACCUCAGCGUGAGGAUUUGACCGCACAAGACGAUCUGAUCGAAUGCGAAACCGCGCGUCCGACAAUCAUUCUACACAGUCAGAAGAUGAAGGAACUCAAAGAUCUGCUCCUGGCUGAGAAACUGAACACACACGCAAUAUCGCUACAUUUGACAGCGCAGAGUCAAGUGCAGGUUGGUAAGAAGGGUAGGGAGACCGACGGACAUAACGUCAGACCUAAACGGACUCGCAGAGAGUAAAAAAUAAUGACACAAAAUGAGACGGACGAAAAAUUGGAAUAAUAUGGUGCAAAAUGAACGCUUGAUAGGGUUAAGGAUAAAGCUAACGAUAAGUAAUGCGUACUUAUUGGACUCAGUAUGACAGUUGAUAGAAUGAGACAGCAGGAAACCAUUUUGAGUGGUCAACCCGUGUUUUUAACCUCAAAUGAUGACUAGAGUUGAUUCAACUUGUUUUUGAUAUUUUUUUAAAGUUUAGACCACUCAAAAUCAAACAAAAUAGUAUUGAUUCCUUCCUUGCUUUAGACUUUUAACGAGUCGUGAAUGUUUUAUUUUAUUUCGCCAGAUUGAUUGCCAUUUAACAAAUCAGGUCUUAGUUAGUACGCGCUAUACUAGAGCUACCAGUAUUAGACAAUAGAAAUUUCACCUGACGAUUGACGACUUUGAUGACAUUAGUGAUUGAUAAUUUAUUGCUAGUUAUAUACAAUUCGACACAUUCCUCUGAUUUUUAUUUUAUUUUUUACGAUUAAUUAUUUUUUUGCGUCGUUUUUAUUCAGCGAACUCAUGAUGUGAUCAUGUGUUAUUGUUGUGCAUUUUAUGCAAAUAUUUAUUGUAUUGUUUUUAUGAUCAGCUUCUCUCUAUCGCUAAACCUUCAGAAUCUCAUGUGCACAGAAUGCAAAUUAAUUGAUCUGAGCUUAUUACCCAACUAGCAGACGUAGGUGUUAGGAUACUAGCAAUUAAGUACGAAGUUAUGAGGAUGGAUACAUUUACGGCUGAUUGAUUGUUGACACAAAAUCGAUGUGGGAAAAGUGUGAGCGCUAUUCGUUUCUACUAAAGCAUAUUUUUGUACAAAAUUUUGGACGACGUGUAUCAAAUGAAUAGCUAAUCUAAAUUUAUCGAAAUUCACAAACAAACACAAAACACCACAGCACGACAACACAAACAAAAUAUUUGUGAAAAUUGUGAAAAUAUCAAGGGCCAAAGUGAUUUAUGACAAACAAACAAAAUGAAGUUUAAAAAAAGUGCAAACUGAUUACAAAAAUUACAAA